UCACGUUGUUCCCCGUACAACACUUGUAGCGAAGCUUUCGAAACGGCUCUUUUUUGUAGUCUUCGGUCGGUCAGGGCGCGAUACUACUGCCAUUUCUUUUAAAGCUAAUAAGUUGACAUACUCAACUUUUUAACGAGUAUCAUGAAUGGACAGCGUAAAGUAAUGGUGAUGGUAGGGUACGAGAUCGGCUUGUGAUACUCAACCCAGCUGUGAGGAAGGUUGAAAAGAAGAAGAAUAAUGCAAUAUACAAAAGGAUAAAAGCAAAUUCUCUUUUAUACAUGAGGAAACCAGAAUUAUUAGAUGUCCUGCUUGAAGGUAAUGCAAAGCUAGACACCUGGUUGAGAAAAGAAACUAAUUGUAAGGAAGACGUGACAUCAGAUCAAGCUGUUGACGCUGCAAUUAAUGCCAAUAAUGAUAUUGUCUCUGCAUCUAGUAUUGCAAGUUUAUUACCAGAGGUACAUGUAGGACAAGAAACUGUAAAUGCCUCUUCACAGAUACUUUUAGAGCUUGAUGAAAACAGACAAGGAGACAUGUCAUGUGAACAGACCAACACAUACAGUACAAACAGUGAAUCUCUAACCAGUGUUCCUUAUAAAGAAAAGAAGACUGAAGGAAAAAAGAAAAUACAUGUAAAAUGUAAGCGUAUUUACAUACGCAAAAUAAAUACCUGUGUAGUUAUAGAAGACACAGUUAAACCAGUUACUAGUCACAAAGUCACAAAUACAGAUCUUGGAGGGCAGUCUGUGUCAUUUGUACAAGAUGUUAAUCAGAAUGAUAAACUAGCUGAAAGUCUACAGGGAAUAGUGACAAGUUGUGGCAAUGUUCAUAUCCCAGAUAGACCUGGAAACCACAUAUCAGGGGAUAGCACUGCAAAUUGUGCCAUCAAUACUGACACUGUUACCAAAAUGCAGUAUUAUUCAGAUGAAGGCAGAAAAAGAUGUCACACUAAAGAGAAUAACCAUAGUAAAGAUGAUAUCAACACAGACAAUGUUAUCUUUUCGCAGACACAGGAUAGUCAAUUACCAGUGAUUACAAGCGUGGUAUCUAUUGCUGGAAGCAUAAUGGAUGAAAUGUGCUCAGAAGAAGAUAAUAGAGAAAAUGAGAUGAGGAAGGACAUAGAUGAAGGAAAGAUACAAGAGAAGAAAAAAAGUAAUUUAAAAAGGUUUCAUGACUCUAGCCAAACAACUGUUAAUUCAGACAGUAAAUCCCAAGCAGAUGGUCACCCAAAAAGAAGGAAAAAUGCGGUGAAUGAAGUAGAGAAUACUGUUAAAAGUAUGUUAAGUGAAGCAGUUCCUGGUUCUCAAGUAAAAAAAAUGGCUUCUGUUAUGCCAGAAUUAUCAGGAUGUAUUAAAAACUGGCAGAAGGUGUUUCCAUGGGUGACAUAUUGUUGUGAAAAGCAGACACUUAUAUGUGAAAAUUGUAAAUGGGGAAGCACAGAUCCUGUUCAGUUUGAGGUGUUUGUAUUAACUAACCCAAGUAAAGUGUUUCAGACAGCUAAAAUGUUGCGUUGCCAUGAUGAAUCUCCGAAACACAGGGAGCUUGUGGUGAAGAAACUGCAGAUACAAAAAUUGUUUAGGCAUAUUUAUUCAUUGUUAAAAGGUAAUAUGAAGGAAGUUUCAGGACUGGAAGGCAUAACAGAAAGGAUAUCAUAUUUAGAAGGAGGUAUAUUUCCAGGGCCUCAAAAGUCUCCUGAAAAAGAAUAUAUAGUUUCAUAUAUGGUGAAGCACAUAGCCAUUUGCUUGCAAAAUAGACAACUGGAAUCUCUAGAAAAGUCACCAUAUUUUAGUGUACUUGCUUUUGAAAAAAAUAGUCUAGCCAUUAUGAGAUGGAUUAACCAGAGUGGAGAGAGUGAAGAACACUUACUUUGUUUCUGUGGAAAAUCACAAAACGAGGAAUUAACUUUAAAGCAAUAUUUAAAGUACAAACAGGUAGAUCUUCAGAAAAUGUCAUUCUGUGCAGACAUCCCCCAUAUGAGAAACAUAGGAUCCCUGGACACACUUGCAUUGCCAGCUCGUUUACCUUCUCUGAAAAAGUGUUUGUCCUGGUUAGAAGACAAGGGUACUUUUAAAGAUCUGUUUCAUUAUCUUGAAACAUUUACAAAGUUAUGCAAAGCAUCUCAAUUUAUGUUUGCCAACUUUCCUGAAACAGAGGAAAUAUUACAACUAGAAGAACCUUAUGGUCAUAAUUGCUUAAAGAGUGCAAGUAUUCUUAAUUUUUUUUCAAAAAACUUUUUAAAGCUACAGGAAAUUGCUUAUACAAUAUAUAAGGAGACCGGUAGUUUAGAAGCUUUGGAAUUUAGCUCACUGGAUAUAACACAUCAGUCUGCAUUCAAGAUUGCAGAAGCAGUAUUUCCUAGGUUACAUUCAGUAUUUGCCAAAAAAGAGCACAAUCAGUCUUCUAUUACUGAAAUUACAGCAUUGAGAAAAUUUGUUGCAUCCAUGUUCAAGCAUAUGGAUGAUCAGGAGUCUGAAGACCUAGGUAUUUUGAGCAUUAUAGAUAUAUUUUUGUCAUAUGCACUUUUAAGUUUGCAGUCAUAUUUGGAAGAAACUAUGAUUUUUUUUACAAUGAGAUUACAACAGGUUACAACUUUUACAAUGGAAAAAGUAUUUGAGAAAUUUAUGAAGGAAUUUAAAGGAAGAAGCUGUGAAUUGUUACAAGACAUACAUGCUGUAAGAACAUUACUAGGGAAAAAGAAAAGUUGUACUGUACUUGAUCUAUUAGAAGCAUUUGGGGAAAAGCCAGAUAUGUGUGAUGCUUACCCUAAACUUCAUGAAGUUUACUUGAAAGUGAAAGUUUUGCCAUUCACAAAUGCCAAAGUAGAACUUAGUAUGUUUGAUGUUGCAUUAGCAUAUGGAACAUUAAUUGGUAAUUUUUCUGGACCAUUAGUGAUGGCCAUGGCAUAUAUUUCCAUUGAAGGACCUUCACCUAAAGACAUAGAUGAAGAUUACAUUAUGAGAGAAUGGUCAGAUAAAUGGAAAGCAAGUAGAUAUAGUCUCAAGUAAACAGUAGAUCUAGGUUUAUGAUCAUGUGUGUAAGAAAAUUGAUACAUUUUAUCUUGUAAUUUUCUUUACUACCAAAAUGCAUUCUGUUCUAUCUGCGUAAGGCAUAUUCUAGGGUAAUAGAAUCUGAGACAGUUUGUUUUCUUAUAUUUUUAGUCUAAUAUGAUUUUCUCUCUAUAAUAUUGUUAAAGCUUUUGAUAUUAUUUUAAGCUUUAAGAGAGACUGAAAGCUGCCAAAUAAGGCUUAAAUGCUUAAAAAAAAAAAAAAUGAUAUUGAUUGAUUUACUGGUCAACUUUAUCUAUGCAGUUGAAUAUUAUCAGGUUUUAUAAAUGUUACAAUAUAUACUUCAUUAAACAUACAGUGGUAAAAUAUCUAAUAAAUGUAAGUUUCUCUAAUCAAAAGCAAAGCACUGCCUAUUGACAGAUAUUUUGAUCACUUAAAUCAUGGUUACUGAGUGUAUAUGCAUCACUUCUUCAUAUUAUUACUGAAUCGAGCAGUCCCCAAGCAGUGGGCUUUGACCCCUAUAGCACUUUUGUGUCCACAUGGAAGACUGGGCAUGGGUAUCUAAAUAUUUUACCCAUUGUUUUCCACAUGUGAUGACAUCUAUACGUGUGCUUUCCUCUCGCCUAAACGUAAAGCGAAACAAUUUGGUAAGAGUGUUUGCCAUCAUGAACACAACUCUAUGUUGACGCAGUUUUUUAUAAACUGUCAAAGAAUAUUUAUGACAGUAGAAAUAUACUUAUAUAAUAGCUAUGUAAAGGACAGUGAUAAGGACAAAAUUUUCUUUGUGAAAGUCAAGCUAUGUGGAGGUAUUUAAGUGACUGAUAUUUAUAUGCUUUCAGAUCUAGAAAGUUUCUAUUUAGAUUCUAAGCAUUCAGUCUUGCCUCUAAAGAAAUCUGCAAACUGCUAUAGUUAUGUUAUUGAUAUUUAAUUUUGGAUGAUCUCCUUUCAGCUAAAAUAUAAGAGAAAUCUACCUAUAAGUGGUGAAAUUUAUAGGGUUCAAGUUGCGUGUAGUUCCAUUGUUCACCUUGUAUUAUACUUGAGAGUGUGGAAGCACCUAGUCUAUAUGUUACUAAUCUUUUCCAUUGUCAGUAUUCUUUACUGCAAGUUUGAGUGUCAUUUUAUAAUCAUGUUGUCAGGAGAAUUAAACUCUUUCCACAACAUGGUUCUUAUUGUAAAGUAGCUUUUCAUUAACUGGUAUUGGUGCUGUAUAAUAUUGUUAAUUAACCUUUGUUGAGUGUCUUCUCACCAUGAACUUAACUACUUUAUCUAGAACUUGCAGGGAAAGGUUGAUUUCUGUUCAGUGAUAUGUACUUCCACAUUCAUUACAAAUGGAGUCCUAUAGGCAGUUACAACACAUAUUUGAAUUAAACAAAGGAAGUAUUUCUCAUUGAAUUAUAUAAGUUAAUUAACUUAUCACAGUAUCAGCAGAGUAGUUUUUUUGUUUUUCUGGCUUCAUCCUUAGCACAUUUUGUCGAUAAUGCUUUGUUCCCCCCUGACUUGGUUGCAAAGAUUUUCAAAUUGCAGAAUGGAUGCAUUAGGAUCAUAUUUCAUUGGCAUUUUUUCUUAUUUUUUCUUUGAAACAAAGAGAAUCAUGUAGCUUUAGGUUCUCUCUAAAGGUGCUUUAGUAGUUCAUUUUUGGACAUAACAAAGGCUCUUUGGGCUAUCACAAAAUGCAUUCCAUAUUUGACAGCCUUGUUGAAUCUUCAGCAUUAAAGUUAUUGUAACUUAGCACAUCUAAUCGGCUGUGGGCCUAACCAUGGCAAAAAAGGGUAAUUUUUUAAACUUCAAAGAGACAAGAAAGUUAUGUAUGCACAUAUAUAAUGGAUAAAAGGCAAAAUUCGAAAAUGUAAUCAAUGGGAAAAUUUGCAGGUAAAACCUGCUUAGAUUUUGCCCAGUAUUACACACACAAGGCAAGAUGCAGUGUUCAAGAAUGAUCAACAGAUAUAGAAAACUAUGUGAUAACCAAAAUAAUUGAAGUCUUGCCAGUGAAAGCUGAUAUAUCUCCAGUAGUAUUACAAUUUACUUUAACAGUUUGUGCUGACCUAGCCUGUUUUGGUUAGGUUACACAGGUUGUCCUCACAACAGAGCAUGUUUGCUUGGUGUGUCAUGGUACUUGCAACCAUCAGGAUGUAACUGUGAAGGGACUUAUCAUGGCCUCCAUUUCUGUUAUAAGAUGUGUUAUGACUGGCUUUAACCAAGAUUGUGGAUUUUCAUUUAGCUUGGUGUACAGAUAUUUUAUGCAUAUUUUCUUUUUGGUUUAAUACUCGGGUAUUUACAUUUCAGGUCAAAACUAUAAAUAGAAGGUUUUCUGUUUUGAAUCUCUUACUUGUUUCAUGCUUUUCAUCCCUUCAAGAUGAUCUUACUUUGUAUGUGAAAGUAUAAGAUAGGUGAAUGAUCAGGAUGAUUAAGAGGUAUAGAAAAAUAUUUGUAGAAAAUACAAAUGAUUAAUUUCACAAUGUACAUAUUUAUUUAAAGAAAGGAUUAAGUUUCUAAAGGUGCUUUAACCAACAACAAAAUAAAGAUUUCUCUUGUGAUGGCAGGGAGAGUUAUAUUUACUACUUGACCUAUCUGUGACAGGUACAGCAAUAGCAGUGUAUGUGCAUCAUGACUCGCUUCAGGGCCGUCUGUACACAGCACAAACUCUGCCAAAAAGACUAAAUUGUUGCAUAAUAAUUACCUCACAGAAAAUUCUGGCCCCCAUCAUGAUAGGGCUAAAUGAUGUUUAAAUGAUGAACGAAGACUUCAAAGGUUCAUAACUUAUUUCUUCAUUUCCAUGAAUGAAACUACACUACAUAAUUUAAUGUAGUUGUUAUAUUUUGCCUAAUGCUGUUGGGAAUAUAUAAUGCUCUUUAUAGUAAAAAUUUGGUAAAUGCAGAUACAUGCAGAUACCCAAACAAAUGCAAAACAACCAAGGAGUCAUUUUAUAAACCUCUGUGACCUUUCUGUGUGUUUUCAAGAAAAUGUUUUUUUUUUAGUGCUAUUACUCCAAUGGUACUGGGUUAUUGUAGUGUCUACAACUGUUUCCUUUUGUUUUGUUUUUUUACACAUAUAUGGCUACACAAUUGGCGAGCCACCAAGGAGCAAAUUAGUAAACCUACAUGUCCUCAGCUGAUUUCCCCUUUCCUUGCUUUUGGGGGAUUUUUUUUCCUUCUUAAUGCAUUUGAUACUGAUGUUGACAUUAUGGUCUUUAUAAUGGUAUGAAUAAUACUAAUAACAGUGAAAAAUAAAGAGAAUCUUUCUGAAAAUCAAGGAAAAGGUACAGGUGAGCCAGGUAGGAUUUGUGAUAGACUCCUCAGUGGAGCCAAAUAUGUGUAGACAGCCAAGAAACAAAAAAGCAAAGAACAUGGCAUGUAUUCUUGCCAUCCCAUCAACCUAGGUAAAUGUUGUUGAUAUUAUUAUUGAUAUUGUAACUGUUGCAAUAUCAAUACUAAUAGCAAUAUGAAAUCAGAUAGAAUAUUUCCGAAAUCAAGUUAAAUCAAGGAAAAAGGCAAGCAGUUGAGAUAGUGGUAGUACACUUAAUUCAUCCCUUGGCGACUAAGCACUCGUAUAGCCAUCUAUGGAAAUGCAAUUAAGAACUGAACUCACAGUGGGCAUGGCGUGUAGGUAAAAUGCCAGAAGCAUAGAGUUAAUUGCUUAUUAUUGUCAGAGACCACUGCCAUGCAUUACAAUGGGUAUGUACAUUUUUCCCAGUGAUGUUUUAGGGAACUUUGUCUUUGCCUUAUGAAUAUACUUAUCUUUGUAGAUUAAUAUGAUCAUAGUAGUUGUUAUUCUCAUGUUAUAUAUUAAGAAUGACCUGAAGAAGGUGCAAUUCAGUUUAGAUUAUUUGAUGUCUGAAGAAUGGUAUAUGAUAUUUUUUCUUUUAAAGAACUUUCUUCCUCUGUGGCACUGUUCUUCUCCCCCUCCUCUCCUUCCUAUUGCCACUCCUCCUACUCCUUAUGCCUCCUCCUCCUCCUCCUCCUCCCACCCCUUUUUCUCCUCCUCCUCCUCCCCUCCUUUUCUC